GUCUCCUGCAGGAAGAGUCGCUUCCUGUCCAAAAUGGCGAGUACGGUGGUGGCCGCUGCUGCAGCAGCGGGGAGAGACCCGGCGGUGGACCGCUCUCUGCGCUCCGUCUUCGUGGGGAACAUCCCUUACGAAGCCACCGAGGAGCAGCUGAAGGACAUCUUCUCUGAGGUCGGCCUGGUCGUCAGUUUCAGGUUGGUGUACGACAGAGAGACGGGCAAGCCCAAGGGCUAUGGCUUCUGUGAGUACCAGGACCAGGAGACGGCCCUCAGUGCCAUGCGCAAUCUGAACGGGCGCGAGUUCAGUGGGCGGGCCCUGCGCGUGGACAACGCCGCCAGCGAGAAGAACAAGGAAGAGCUCAAGAGUUUGGGCACGGGUGCCCCCGUAAUCGAGUCCCCUUACGGAGACCCCUGCCAGCCUGAAGAGGCCCCCGAGUCCAUCAGCAGGGCUGUGGCCAGCCUGCCCCCGGAGCAGAUGUUUGAGCUCAUGAAACAAAUGAAACUGUGUGUUCAGAACAGCCCCCAGGAGGCCCGGAACAUGCUCCUCCAGAACCCUCAGCUGGCAUACGCCCUGCUCCAGGCCCAGGUGGUCAUGAGGAUCGUCGACCCAGAAAUCGCGCUGAAAAUGCUUCACCGCCAGGCAGCACUCCAGCCCCUGAUUCCCAGCAGUCAGGCUGCUCAAGGGCCACUCUCUAACCAGGCUCUGGUCCAGUCCAGCGUCCCAGUGUCCCAGCCACAGCCCAUGGCUGGCAUGCAUGUGAACGGUGCCCCCCAGAUGAUGUCAGCCCCUCAGAUGGUGAGUGGAGUCGCAGGACAGGUCCCUGGCCAAGGCCCUGUGGUUCCUGCAGUUGGGAUGCAGCCCCAGAUCGGCAUUCCGCCAGGAGGACCCGUACCCAUGGAUCGGGGCCAAGGAAACCUUCAGCAUUCUCCUGUAGGAUCCUCAGGGCAGGCUGCACUCGAACGGCCACAAGUGCCCAUGACGGACCCCAGGGCGCCCAUGCGCGGGGGCGUGCCCCCCGUGUCGGCUGUGGUGGCCCCACGAGGCCUUCUGGGUGAUGGCCCCAACGACCCCCGAGGCGGCACGCUCCUCUCCGUCACGGGCGAAGUGGUGGAGCCCAGUCGGGGGUUCAUGGGGGCGCCCUCGCACCAGGGCCCGCCCAUGCACAUGACCCACGAUGGCCGGGGGCCCCCUCCAGACAUGCGCGGGCCCCACGACAUGAGGGGAGGCCCCAUGGGCGAGCCCCGAGGCAUGAUGGGAGAUCCCAGAGGGCCCAUGAUGGAUCAGAGGGCACCGCCCAUGGAGGCCCGAGCUCCAAUUGCUGGAGGUCGUGACCCCAGAGCGGUGGAGGCUCGUAGUCUUGAAGCCAGGGGCCCCGUUCCAGCCCAGAGAGUUCCCAUGGCAACCGGAAUCCAGGGCCCAGUGCCCCACACCAUGGGAGCGAAUGUGCCCCAACCCCAGAGACAGCAGGCUCCUGGCGUCCCUGGUGUUCCUCAGACGGGAGGCUUCAGCCCGGCUCAGAACCAGGUCACAUCCCAGGACCACGAGAAGGCUGCCCUCAUCAUGCAGGUGCUGCAGCUGACCCCGGAGCAGAUCGCCAUGUUGCCCCCCGAGCAGAGGCAGAGUAUCCUCAUCCUGAAGGAGCAAAUCCAGAAGACGGCCGGGGCGCCCUGAGAGGCCGUGCCCCCGGCGCGCAGGGAAGCAGGGAGCCGAGAGUUCUUGGCUUUUCUCAGAGGCAAGUUUCUCAUUCUUCACCUGGACAGCAGGUCGGCGAGGAGUCAUCUGUACACCUUGAGAUCCUGAAACAGGACUUCAAUCUCAUUUUUGUAAUUAAAGUUGUUUUUUGUUAGAUAUUUUUAUUGUCGGUGUCUGUUCUGAUGUCCUGGGAGGGCGGGCUGGGGCAGUGCCAGUCUUGAGUCAAGAGAAGGCGAGCAGGUCAGGCCCAGUGGGGAAGCGAGGAAGAGGAAGAGCUCUCUUAAAUGAGAAAUCCCAGAAAGAAAUGUGAACGAAAACCUUCCAUCUCGAAAUAAUUCAGCUGAAAACGUGGUGCUAAAACACAUUGGGUGGUAUUUGAAUUGCACACUUUUAUGAUACGGAGAAUUCUAGAAACAAAGUUCCUAACGUGUGUGUCUUGACAUUGUGUCAGGCUGCAUAUAGUUCAAGAGCAGAAACAGGAUCCUGCUUCCUCCCUGCCCAGUUCGCAACUGCCACUUGAGAGCCCUGCCUGUCGCACCCUGGGCCACGUCGGCCACGAGAUCUGAUUUUGGGAUACUGUGCCGCUGUAAAUAAGAUCAGUGUAGCUCGGCGCUUCCCUGUCAUUUUUGAUUUUAAGGGAUUCUACGGUUAAGAGGAAGCAGUUCUUUGCGCUCUGUCCUGUGUGCUCCUGGAGUCUCCGUGUGGGACAGCCCCGCGCUGCAGGAAUGUGGAUCGGUCCUGCCAGUCUCUCCGGACAUCUUAGCUCUUGCUCUGCUGAAGCACAGCUGCGUGAUAGAAGAUCGACGAAGCCAUAGCCUGUCUACUCAUUGAGCGUGCUGCCUGAGCUUGUGGUUUUCCCCCCAUUUUGUAUUUCAAUAAAAAAAAAGAAAAAUGCA